CGGCCGCCGGAGCCCGGGAGCACGUGACGCCGCCAGUGACCGGAGCCGCGCGCCCCUGUCCCGCCCCGCCCCCCCCGGUCCCGGUCCCGGUCCCGCCGCCAACAACAAUCAUCGUCAUCGUCAUGCCGGCCGGCGUGUGCCCCGCGCCCGGCCCGUCCAUGCUCGACUCGCUCGAGAACGCGGGCCGUCUCAUCGACAAACACCUACAGGACGACCGGCUCUACCCGGACCUGAUCGACCUGCUCGCCGUCCCCAGCUGGAAUAAUCCUUCACUAUCGGGGAUGACUGACAUGGAUUAUCCACUACAAGGACCUGGUCUGGUGUCUCUCCCCAAUCUCCCAGAGAUCAGCCCGAUCCGGAGAGUGCCUCUUCCUCCAGAGUUGGUUGAGCAGUUUGGACAUAUGCAGUGUAACUGCAUGAUGGGUGUUUUUCCUGAGAUCGCCAAGGCCUGGCUGACCAUCGAUAGUGACAUCUUCAUGUGGAAUUAUGAGGAUGGGGGUGAUUUGGUGUACUUCGAUGGACUGAGUGAAACAAUUCUAUCAGUGGGACUAGUAAAACCCAGAGCGGGAAUAUUCCAGCCUCACAUACGACAGCUACUGGUCCUUGCCACUCCUGUGGACAUCGUAAUCCUUGGCAUCAGCUUAACCAAUUCGCAGUCAGGAGUGGGAAUGCUGAAUGAUAGUCUGUGUGGAGGGAUGCAGCUCCUACCGGAUCCUCUGUUCUCCAUCCCUACGGACAACACCUAUCUACUGGCAGUCGCUGCCUCUGACAAUGGCCGCAUCUUCCUUGCGGGCAAGGACGGAUGUUUGUACGAGGUUGCCUAUCAGGCAGAAGCAGGUUGGUUCAGCCAGCGAUGCAGGAAAAUAAAUCAUUCCAAGAGUUCCUUGUCAUUCCUCAUCCCAUCGUUGCUGCAGUUCACCUUUUCUGAAGACGAUCCCUUGGUACAGAUUGCCAUUGAUAACUCCAGAAACAUCUUAUACACUCGGUCUGAGAAGGGGGUCCUGCAGGUGUAUGAUCUGGGUACAGAUGGCCAAGGGAUGAGCAGGGUGGCUUCCUUAUCCCAGAAUUCAUUAGUGUCAGCAGCAGGUAACAUAGCCAGAACUAUCGAUCGGGCAGUCUUCAAACCGAUUGUGCACAUUGCUGUGAUUGAAUGCUCGGAGUCUGUGGAUUGUCACCUGUUGGCUGUGACACAUGCAGGUGUCCGACUGUAUUUCAGCACAAUGCCCUUCAAGAUUCCAGCUGCAAGGCCCAGUGUGCUGAUGCUGAUACAUGUCCGUCUGCCGCCAGGAUUCUCUGCCUCUGCAUCCCCGCAGAGACCCAGCAAAGUCCACAAAGCUCUGCACACGAAAGGUGUUCUGCUGUUGGCAGCUUCUGAGAAUGAUGACAACGAUGUCCUUUGGUGCAUCAAUCACGACUCUUUCCCCUUCCAGAGACCACUCAUGGAAGUACAGACGACAGCAAACAUCGACGGACAUUCAUGGGCCAUCUCGUCCAUCGACAACUCCCAACCUCAGAGGAUUAUCACAGCCCUCAACAAGGACCGCGUACCACUCACUGACCCACCGGUUGUGAUCCAUCAGCAUCUCGUUCCACCCAAACGAUUCAUUCUACUCACUGCUCAGGGCAGCCACUUCUUUCAGAAGCUGCGACCUGUGGAUCAACUGCGCCACCUCCUGGUGAGCACUACAGGUGGAGAAGGAGAGGAUGUUGAGCGAUUCUUCAAACUCUAUCGGGAGGAGCAAGCUUGUGCAUCAUGUCUCAUCCUCGCCUGUUCAAAUUCAGCAUGUGAUCGUGAGGUCUCAGUUUGGGCAACUCGUGCUUUCUUCAGGUAUGGUGGAGAAGCACAGAUGCGUUUUCCAGCUGCCAUUCAGCAGCCAAUGAACGUGGGACCCAUCUUCAGCUCCCCACACCCAGGGUCUAUGGUGCCUCCUGGGAGUCCGUUCCUCAGCCCAUGCCUAUCAGCCAUUCAAGCUUCAGGUUUGAAGCCUGUGGGAAUGUCAACGCCUCUCUUCUCUCCCGGGAGCCUCGCGCACUACACCAGUGUUCCUCAGCCUCAGAUCCCCACCAUGUCUGGCCCAGAGGUCGUGUUUUCCGGAAAGCAUAAUGGGAUCUGCAUUUUCUUCACCAGGAUCAUGGGGAAUAUUUGGGACGGCAGUAUUUUGAUGGAACAGACAAUGCAGCAUUACAGGCAGCAGGCAGUACUGUUGGAGAGCAGCGUUACUGCCAAGAUUCUGGCCAAUGUUCUGCUGGAGCUCAAUGGAUUGAGGGAAUUCCUGGACAGGAACUCUCAGUUUGGGUCGGGAACUCUGGGAAACGCAAGUUUCAGUGCAUCCAACGUACCACAGCGGCUGUUGGGGUUCCUGCGCCCUGACGGAGGCUCGCAGCAAGUUCAACAGGAGUUGCAGAGGAAGUUCCACACUGAAGCCCAGGCCUAUGAAAAGUUGUCAUUGCAGGGUAUGCAGCAGUUGAUCCAUUACACCAGUCAAACUCUCGCCCUGUGGAAGCUGCUGUGUGAUCACCAAUUCAGCAUUGUCAUCGCAGAUUUACAGAAGGAGCUCCAGGAGCAGUUGAAAUCAACUCCUUUUCGGGACUUGGUGAUCCGGGGGAAGGAGUUGUGUGGGGCGCUCAUUACCUCACUUAUAAAUAGAUACAUAGGAGACAAUGCUUCAGUCGACGCCAUCAGUAAACACCUGAGAGAAACCUGCCCCAUGCUGUACAGCAACGACGAUGCUCUUUGCUCCAAGGCAAAUGAGCUGCUACAGAGUGCACGGCAGAUUCAGAAUAAAGUGGAGAAAGAGAAGGCCUUGAGAGAGUCUUUGCGACUAUAUCAAGAGAUUGGACACCAGGUUGACCUUUCCAAUGUGUGCGCACAGUUUAGACAAGUACGUUAUUACGAAGCUGUGGCUGAACUGAGCCUGAGUGCGGCUGAAAAGAAAGAUCCACAGGGACUGGGGCUUCAUUAUUACAAGAAUGGAGAGCCUGAUGAAGAUCCCGUGGGACAGCAAGCCUUCCAGGAGAGGGUGAAUUGUUACAAGUGUAUCUCAGACACACUGCAGGAAUUGGUAAACCAGAGCAAAGCGGCUCCACAGUCUCCCAGUGUUCCCAAACUACCAGGACCUCCAGUUCUAUCAUCUGAUCCCAACAUGCUGAGUAACGAGGAGGCCACACAGCAUUUUGAACAGAUGUUGAAACUUGCACAGUGCUCAACAGAUGAACUUUUCAAUAUUGCCCUAUUCAACUGGCUGAUCCAGGUGGAUCUGACAGACAAGCUUCUGGAGGUCAAUUCUCCGUAUCUGGAGCCAUAUUUAGUUCGGAUGGCAAAGCAGGAUCAGAACAGAGUUCGCUAUAUGGAUUUAUUGUGGAGAUAUUAUGAGAAAAACAGGAAUUUCAGCAACGCUGCGCGGAUCCUGGCUCGCCUUGCAGACAUGCACAGCUCCGAAAUCUCAUUGCAACAGAGGAUCGAGUACAUAUCUCGAGCCAUCCUUAGUGCGAAAAGCUCCACAGCAACAUCAUCACAGGCUGCUGAUGGCGAGUUCCUGCAUGAACUGGAGGAGAAAAUGGAGGUAGCCAGGAUACAGCUCCAGAUCCAGGAUACGCUUGCACGCAAUUACUCCCAGCACCCCUCUGUGCAGGAGGCCAUCUCUCAGCUUGACUCGGAGCUCAUGGACAUCACCAAGUUGUAUGGAGAGUUUGCAGAUCACUUCCGUCUCUCUGAGUGUAAACUGGCCAUCAUACAUUGUGCAGGACACUCGGACACCAUCCUUGUGCAGGCACUCUGGCAAGAAAUUAUAGAGAAAGAGUUGGGUGACAGCAGGUUGAUGAGUUCCAUGGAUCGGAUGCAGACGCUGAGCAUGAAGCUUGUGUCUCUGGGAAAGGUUUAUGCUGGGACACCACGCUAUUUCCCACUUGAGUUCCUGGUGCAGUAUCUGGAACAGCAAUCGUGUGUGCUAACCUGGGACACUGGCUUUGUGACGUACACAAUGCAGGAAAUAGGAAUAUCCUUACCGAGACUGCUGGAGGUCUACACACAACUCUUCAAGACAAGGGAUCCGUAUUGGCAGAGGGUUAAAAAGCCCCUGCACUUGCUGGAGUGUACUCACGUUCUUCUGAGUGCUUAUGUGCAAGAACCCAGCAAAGUUCCAGCCCACGAGAGACGACGGUUCACCAACUACUGCCUGGAUGCCAUCGGUCGCUUCCUUGUGGAGCUUCAGUCAAUGAGCCCCACCAGCGUCCUGCAAACAACCAUUGGAAAUUUCAAGUCCCUACAAGCUAAGCUCGACCGCUUGCACUGACAGCUCGCCACGGAAUCUCUGUGCUUUCUCCAGGGGUCUGCACCGUGCUCAGUCCAGGUGUACCCUGAGCUGGGAUCCUGCAUCACAGUCGGUGACCAGUCUCACUGCUCCAGCCCGGGCAUGUUGCUCGACUCUUCAAAGAAGCAGAUUCCCAGACAGAACCCUCUUUUUUGUGGGAGCUCUGACCAGCUCGGGGUGUGCCUCCACUGAUCUCAGUGACAGCCUCAUGGAAGAGGUUAUUCAGGAGCAUCUAUCUGAGCUCUCUCUCACUCUCAACACCCAAACCCUUUUUUUAUCUACUCAAUUUAAAAAUAUCUUCAUUUUUUUAAUGUAAAUUAAUUUUCUGCAACAGUUGAAUAAAAGUGAACCUUGGAUACUUUGAA